AUGAUGCAACACGAUCACGUCCUGAAUAUGAAGUGGGUGAUGAAGAAAGUGGUGGUAGCACAAAAAGAUCAAGGUCUACUGAAGAAGGAGACUAUUGUGUCCAAUCCAACACAGAAGGGAUUUACAGCAAAUGCACAUGAUGAAUAUUUAAGAAUGAGUGAGACUGUAGCAAGGGAUGCUCUUGUAAAUUUUUUGAAUGGGAGAGGGUAUAAUUACUCUUUUGCCCCUUCAGGUUCGAACCUUGGUUCCAUUAUUCUUCAUUCCUUUGGGUUCUCAAACUUCUUCACAACACCUUGUUGCCUUCAAAGUUCACACAGCUGCGUGGUGCCGAGUGCCGACUUAUUAUUGGAACCUCCAAGCCUGGCUUCAAUGGCGUGCUUAGUCUCCUUGUUCUCCUUCACGCCUUUAACUUCGCACAAAACCCUAAUCAAGGACCUACAGCUACAAGCAUGGAAAACAGCUAAUUGCAGGAUGCUUUUACAUUCAUCAAAUUCCAUAACAGGAAUCAAUUUUGUGGCACCCAAAUCAUCCGGGAAAAACAAAAACCUAGUUUCUAUGACGUGGCAUCAUAACCCUAAUCAGACACAUUUAAGAGUUUGUUGUGGAGAUGUUUUUGUUGAUGAUGAUAAAUUAGUUUGUAGUCCCAAUGUGAUAUUUGGAUUUUGGGUGGGCCCAGAUAUUGAUGAUGGAUGGGGUUUCGUUGAAGCUAUUGUAAUUUGUAAAUCAAAUAUUUGAUAUUUGAUAAAUAUUGAUUUUUUUUUGGGUAUUUGUUUUUAAUGUUCAAAUCUAGAUAAUAUUUAUAAGUAAGAAAAAAAAAGUAUAUUUUUUGUU